CGGUGAUUUUCGGUUUCAGUUACUGAAUGUGCGCGCUCUCGAUCACAUGGUGUGUUGCGUUGUGGAACGAGAGAAGGUUAUUGUUUUGAACUCCUCUCAACCGGUUGAGUCUUCCCGAGUGCUGGUGGCUUAUGCAGGUCGUAAGAAGACCCCGCCGAGUGGUUUAUGUGCAGCAGCAGUAGUGACCAGCUGGUGCACCGAUAACGAGGUAACCACGCGCCUUCCUUACGCCUCUCGAGCAGUGUUGCGCGCUUUUGUAUCGUGGUAGUGGUGGUACUUGCUCUGGUGGGUUCUGGCGAGCCCUUCUGGUGCAGGCAAUCAGUGAUCCGGCAGCGUGCGGGGUUAACAGUUCCGAAACCCCGGUUCAGCGAAACGGUUUCCGCUUUUUUCAGUCUGAAUUGUACUGCGAACGCUGCGUGUUGUCGUCGUGACGGAUAGAUUGCACAUGCGCAUUGAUAAGGGCGUGAUAAGUUUCUUUUAUUCGCUGCAAGAUAAACACAAACAAAUUCGUGCUCCUCAGUGAUUGAAGAAGAAAACAAGGCAAUGAAAUAACCAGAAGAGAUAAUUGGAUGCGUACGGUGGAAAAUAGUUCUCCUCACGUCUAAUCGUUGGUAAACACAGUGAAUGAAUUGCAAAUUAACGAGUGACUUCAAAUUGAAAGCAGAACACGAAUAACAACAUCGGGUAAAACUUAACCCAAAGGGCCAAUCAUAUGCUGCUGCUGGCUCUGGCUCUGUUCCGAGCGCUUAUCAGAUCGGUGUUAAUUGUUGGCCACACGACCUGAUCUUCGUGUGGUGGAGUAACAGCAGUCCUCCAGUUCCAGGUGCUUUCGGAGCGUGAUCUGUUUCUGAAAAUUGAUAGUGAAAACAACCUCGCCACCGUUGACGGGUUUUUGGAUGAACUGGAUUCUUUGAACGAGUGAAGAGUGCGCGCGCGUGCACUGAUCUGGGUGAUUCGAUCAUAUCGUCGCAAGAGCAUUUAGAGCGGCGUCGAUAAUGUGGUGAUAAUACGAUUAUAACGAGGAACACAAACAGAUGGGAGUUGACUUUUGACAGUGAUUGGAAGACGGAUUCAGUUUUUUUCGUGUUGGUCCAGUUCCAUGGGACCAGGUGCAAUUCAGCCGGAAUAACGAGAUUACUAGAGCCGAUCAAUACGGUGUUAAUCAAAUUUACUCUUUGGAAAAGUGUUAAGUACGGAAGUGAUAUGGAUAGCUGGGUGCAACAGUGAGAAUUGAGCUUGGCUUGGAAAAGGACGUGAAUCAAUCGAAUACAUUUGAGCUCGCAAUUAGAGUGUGAUAAAGAGUUACGGACGAAACGGUGACCAGGAGUACUAUACAAGAUGAAUCAACAGUGCAAAGUGUGCGGAGAACCGGCGGCCGGUUUUCACUUCGGGGCGUUCACCUGUGAAGGAUGCAAGUCCUUCUUCGGUCGCUCGUACAAUAAUCUUUCGUCGAUAUCCGAGUGCAAGAACAACGGUGAAUGCAUCAUCAACAAGAAGAACCGAACGGCAUGCAAGGCCUGUCGGUUACGCAAGUGCCUUAUGGUGGGGAUGUCAAAAAGUGGCUCCCGAUAUGGACGCCGGUCCAAUUGGUUCAAGAUUCAUUGCCUUUUACAAGAGCAGCAGCAAGCCGCCCAACAGCAGGCGGCCAAUCAUAAGGCGGGGGCUCCUCCAGUUCACGGGAUGUUCGGACCACCUGGUGCCUAUCCACAUGCGAUGUACUCAAGACCGCCUUGCACCAAGGAAGAACUGAUGCUCCUCGGCCUGGAAGAAUACAGCAAACAUCCAUCAGCAUCACCAUCAGUGAGCUCCCCCGACAGCCACAAUUCGGACAGCUCCAACGAAAUCAACGACCGGCGGAACGCCUUACUCCGGCAAGGAAAACUCCACGACUCACCAACGAUCAACAAGGAAUUGUUCCUACCUCUCCCCUUCGGAGGACUACCCCUGAUGCCACCACCAGGCUUCCUUCCCCCAUCACACCUUAUGUUCCCCGGAUUCCACCCGGCCUUAUACCCGCACCAUCAAGGUCUCCUGAAACCUGCUGACUCCCCAAUCAUCAGCAGUUCCCCACUUGCCAACAACAACAGCCGCUACACACCAAAUCACAAUACUAGCAGCGCAAAUACCAACUCCACACCCGUGGAAACUAAAUCACCGGAUUCUUUCACGAAGCGCUUCUACCUGGAUGCCGUCCUCGAAUCCCAGCGGUGUCCUAGUAACGAAACGGCUGGCAGUGCCAAAGAAGAACCCGAACCGGAAGAAGUUGUCCCAGCGACAAUGACUCCUCCUCGAUCACCUGCCGCCGUGGCAGGUCCUCAGCAAGACAACCCCAUCGAUUUGAGCAUGAAAACCGGUAGUAGUUGCUCCUCGGAAGACCAUCGGACUUCCGUUUCCGGUGCCGAUAGCGAUGACGAACAACUUGUCGUCGUUACCAACGAUCGCAACUCACCGCUCGCCAAAUACACCAACAACAACUCCCUCCCAAACCACCAUCACAACCAUCUCAACAACAAUCAUCAUCACAAUCACCACAACCACCAGCGGCAUCAAAGUUCCUCAUCGGCUGGUCAUGGGAGCGCGAGCGACUCCGACAUUGAAGACCGAGAAACCGAAUACGAGCGGGAGGUCAAGCGGAUGAAACUGCAAGGAACCACUCCGUUGGAUCUGACCACCAAGGUUUGAACACAAGUCAUCUAGACGUUCCACACAAGACCCACCAAAAUCGCUGAUCUCGCUUGUGACGAGAUGCGCGCACCGCUGUACAGAAUCCUCCAAGGUGGGGUUAAACCCGAAUCGAUUAAAUCAGUUGUACAUAAUAGCGACUAGAUGUAUAAUUAAGCAAAACAGUUGUUAAUUAGAAUGGAAAAAGAGAGAGUGCCUCAUGACAACCGAAGUAGGGCCAGUUAGUGAACACAAUCGAAUAACAUGUGCCAGUAGCGUUUUUACCCUUUUGAGUUAUAAAUGAUAUUUUUUUUUAUUUUGUAAAAAUGUAACAACUAUUCUGUGACAUACCGGCUGCGCGUGACAGCGCACGGUUAGCAUCUAGGAGUAUCAAUUUGUAAGGACAACGAGGUCAGUAAGAAACCGAAUCGGUUCCAACUUCCGGCAUUGCUCGGAUGGAUUCGAAGUAAACCAAAUUUAUCGUUUGUAUGGUAUAAGUUAGGGACAUUUGAAACAAUCAGUAGAGAAGAUGGUGCAUGGGAAUUGUGUAAAAUAUUGAAUGGGUGUCUACGAGGUUAGGAGAUAUAUUGAUUGAAUUUGUCCACCGAAUGUUUUCUGUUGAAUUUGUUGAGAAACAAACAUAAUCAAAUGUUUUAUUUUUGGGACGAACUCAAUCAAUAUUUUACUGUUUCAUCUUAUGCCAAAAACAUACAGAUCAUAUUAUUAUCAAUACUUGACCCGUGUUAUAAACUCAAAUAUUUAUUUAGUUUCCUCCUUAGCAACAUGAAUCACUCCUCGAGAAAGAUUCCAAUCGCUCCUUUCUACUCUUGCCAUGACGUCAACCAUGAAGACCGACCGGGUCUUCAUUUCUGAAGACUUGUUCAAACACUCAAGAAAAUGCUCUGAAUCAUUCCCCCUGCCACACACUGUAUCUAAAGUGCAUUCAUCAUCCAAACGCAUACAUUCCGCCCGAGUGCAGUCAUUAAUGCCACCUCAAUAGGCACUCUGUCCGUCUGGACAUUCUUGUAAACCAAGUGCGCGAUAUUAUGGUUGGCUCAUCCAGAUCUGCUACUGGAUUUUCCCUCCGCUAGCUACAUCCAGUCCAAACCACAUCAUCCAAUGCGAAUGAUCCCAUUUCCCAAGCCACCAAAUGCUACAACAAAUUAUACCGUCACCUAAAGGUGUGAACUCGAUGCAAAACGUCUGGUGGGAAACGCAUAAAAAUCUUGAUAUAUAUUGCAGAGCGUAAAUCCCAGAAUCGCCCGAGGGCAUCCAUUUCAAUAAAUCUGCAUGGAAGUAACAGUCCCAGCUCAACCCACAGACGAGCCGAGAGCGUCUUUCUUUCGUAAUAUCUCUCAUCAUAAACCUGCAAACUUCCCUGGCUUCCACUACAGUAGUGGUACUCCGAUUCCGACUCAGAUCCAGUUCAUCUCAUAAGACACCACAGCACCCUUCCCUCCCCACGCCCCACCAUUUUCGGUGAGAAAAGUUUCUCUCAGCUGCGAACGACUUCGACUUGAGCGGAUCACAAAUCAUUCCUUCCCUUGGCACCGCGCGAAACCUCAACCCAACCCCCGAACCCACCACCCAAACCACCUCUUCCUUAAUAGACCAAUUUCUCAUCAUGUGAUGAAAAUAAAAUUAAGCUUUCGGAGCAAAACACUCACGAACAUACUCACAAAAACCUCCUGUUCAACGUAGCACUCCUCUGUUGCUAGUUAGUUCAGUCACCGGCCGGCAGCCUUAUUGGCGCUUGGUUGGCCUAACGCAACUACUGCAAACACACAAAUGACACAAACACAAGACGAGAUAGACGCGAGAGAAGCAAAAAAAAAAGUUGUAAAAUUAAGGUUAGUUAGUCCAAUGUGUAGUUUAAUUUCGUUUUUAAGUGGAACCCAUAAAACACAGUGAAAUAGACAAACAUGGGCACAAACGCGCACACAAACUCGACAAUACAUUCGUGCGUCCUUUGGCGCGGUCCUGCAAUACAUAGAAUGGAUGGCAAAAUACAAACAUUAGAGGAAGUGGUUCAGCAUCCGAACCCGGGACCACGAACUCGUGGGAAUUCGCCUCGUAGACCAAUGUUUUUGGGGUACGAAAAAAUAUCGCGUACCCCGCUUGAACUUGUAUGUUGUGUGACAUAGUUGAUAGGUUAUUUAAAAAUGAACGACAUAUCAAGAAGAAAACAAUAUUAUAUUUUAAACAAACGGCGGAUGUCUUAAUAUUUUUAGCAAAGCGCAAUGGUUUUAGCUAGCAGUAGGUAAAUCAAAUUGUUGACUAAUGUAAAAAGUGUUUAGCGUGUAAGCAAUCAGAAAAAGUUUUUGAAAAUGUAUUUACCUUUUAUGCAAAAAGUGAAACUCUAUUGAAAAACGAGAAUAAAUAUCCUGCUGAAGGAACUUAUUUAAUUUAAAA